UUGCGUGGUGGUUCAUGUUUUGGUUACUUGUUUGUAGCUGAAAGAGAAGUCUAGUGCCUAGCCUAUAAAAGAGAGUCGCCAUCCACCAGCCAGUCUUCAUUCCCAGAGUGCAUUUCAAACCGAACCCAACUAGCAAAAGAAUGUUUCGCUGCUCCUUCACGCUCGUCGCCUGCGCGGUGGCCGUCAUGGUGAUGGAGACGGGAGCCCAAAACACAUACUACUACCGCCCGUCCGCCCUGUCCAGCCGCUACAAGACAGUUCCGAACGUAGCGGAGAAGAAAUCCAUCAAUUCAAUCAAUUCCAUCGACGACGACGAUUACGAUUCAUUCAAGCCCGACUACAACACCUUCAUCAAACCAUACAACCCGUUCGGCAACAACGGCUGGGCACGGCCGGCAGCAGUGCAACAAAAGCCAACAACAACGACGCAAUACAAAUGGAAAUUCGACUCGAUCGAAUCGGAUGAAUCGGACGAAUAUUAUCGGAGACCAUCGACCAGGCCGGCCAAACCGGUGGCCAAUAAACCCCCAGUCUCCUAUUACCACUCGGAUUCCAGCGAGUCGGACGAGUUUUACUACAGACGACCAGCCUCCAAACCCAUUGCCAAAAAGGCGCCCAGCACUUAUUACCAUUCCGACGAGUCCGACGAGGAUAUUUACAGACGAUUCUUGGCGUCCUAUCGCAGCAAAUUCUAGAAAGCGCAGUUAAUAGCGCAACAACAACAUCGAAAAAACACGAUUCAGAGACGCCAUUUUGUUGUUGUUUAAGGACGGCCUGACGUGAUGCGCUCUCCUCAAUUGUUCCCAUGCGUGACGGUUUCCCUUUCACUUUUUUUAACAAAAUUCUUUUUUGUAUUUUUUCGGUCGACAGGUCACAGGUGUAUACUACUAUUAUGUAUACCCUAUAGCUGACACUGGGAGAAAAAACAACAACGUAGAGUGUGUGUGUGUGAUUUGCUGGCCCAAACUGCCCCCCCCCCAAAAGUUCGGACAACAAUUUUAUAGCCACCGACUUGAUCAACCCCAAAAAAUAAGAAAAAUCACGAACCGAGAACAAAUUUAAAACAAUUAAAUUGUGUUUCGUGUUUAAUUCGAAACAGUUGAAUGCCUCAAUUCAUGUAUAACAACAGCAACCCAGUGCUAUUACUCGUGUAUCAAUUUUUUUUUCUGCCAGUUGUAUUGUAUAAUCUAUUGUAUAAUAAUACACGAAAUUAUCUAAUGA